AUUGGAAUAAAAUGUUCAUGUAAAAUAAUUAAAUUAUUUUAUUUUCGCGUUGUUAUUUACAUAUACAUUUUUAUGUACGUAAAAGAAAAUAAUUUGUCACUAUAUUAAAUCUCAUAUCAUAACAAUUUUUAAAACCAAACAAACAAACAAAUAGCUACAAGUGAAGAGCCAAUACUUGAGAUAUUUAAAAAAAAAACAAUAUUUAUAUUCUCAAUAAAGGAAAUGCAAUAAAAUGUUUCAAAUAGUGGGUAUUGUAACAUUGAUAUUUGUUACGGGUCUAUUUCCUUUCAUAGAGUCCUGUAGAAGUGUACAGCAGAGUUAUAACUUUCCAAAUACGGAUAUUUUUAUACGACUAAAAAGAACUUCAUCAAAACUACAAUAUGAAAUACUAAAAGGUUCAGACGAGUUGCAAACUGUAACGUUUGAAAAUUUCAUAACAAAUAACAAUUUGGAAGCAACAUCGGAUGGAAUGUUUAAAUUAACUGAUGGUUCGAAUACCGUAGAAUUCGAAUUGAUAACUUCGAAAGACGGAGUAACACAUGUUCGCAUUAUUCGCAACAAUAUUGUGGACUCUAGCCAACCUAUGGAUUGUAUUAGUUUAAAUAUUGGUAAUACUCAUUGGUACGCUGGUCCAGAAGAUCGUCAUCAAUAUUGGCCUGUAGAGCGACAAGUGUUUACUAAUUAUUCAUAUCUAACAAAAGAAGAUCACAACGCUGGUUUAGCAGAGCGGUAUUGGCUUAAUUCAGAUGGAAAGUUUUUCUACGUAGAGGACGAAACACCAUUGUUUAUCGAUCAGAACUCUGAAGGAUAUGAUAAUAAAUUAUGUUUCUCUGCAAUUAAAUCCUUACCCUAUGAUGUUCGCAUGAGUCAAGUGAGUUUCAUUUAUCACAUCGGUGUAGCAAGUAAUGCAAAAACAGCUCAUAUGUAUGCAGUACAAAAUAUUUUGGGUCAUCCGAAUGAAUAUCCCGAUGAACGUAUGGUUCAAUACCCAAUUUGGUCCACUUGGGCAUUAUAUAAAACCGAUAUUGAUGACAAAAUUGUUCGAGAGUUUGCCGAUAAAAUUAAAUCAUUGGGAUUCGAAAACAGUCAAUUGGAAAUUGACGACGACUGGGAGGAUUGUUAUGGUGCACUGACAUUCAGAAAGAGUAAAUUUCCUGACAUAAAAAAAUUAACUAACGAUUUAAAAACAGAAGGUUUCCGAGUUACCUUGUGGAUACAUCCAUUUAUAAAUAAAGAUUGUCAACAAACUUACAACGACGCACUUUUAAAGGGAUAUUUGGUGUUAGAUCACAACAAAAAUCCUGACACCCAGUGGUGGAAUAGUAAGACUGGUGAGGCUGCAUAUGUAGAUUUUACAAAAUCUGAAGUUCAGGAAUGGUUUAAACAGCGUUUGCGAAGAUUGCAAACUGAAGACGGUAUUGAUAGCUUUAAAUUCGAUGCUGGAGAAUCCAGUUGGGUGCCUGAUGAUCCCGUUUUGAAUGCGUCGAGCAAUUUUUCACCAAGUCAAAUUACAAGAGACUAUGUACGUACAGUCGGGUCAUUUGGUUCAAUGGUCGAAGUGCGUUCUGGGCAAGGUACACAAGACUUACCAAUAUUUGUACGUAUGAUAGACAAAGAUUCGGAGUGGAAAUGGGAAAAUGGUCUAGUGACAUUGAUAACCACAUUAUUGCAAAUGAAUUUAAAUGGCUAUCCAUUUGUUUUACCUGAUAUGAUAGGUGGCAAUGGGUAUAACAACAAACCACCUACAAAAGAAUUAUUUUUGAGAUGGCUCCAAGCUAACGUUUUCAUGCCAAGUUUGCAGUUUUCGUAUGUACCGUGGAAUUUCGAUGACGAGACUAUUGAAAUAAGCAAAAAGUUCACUAAGCUACAUAGUGAUUAUACGCCUAAAAUUAUGGAACGUUUUAAACUAGCUGCAACAACAGGUGAACCUGUCAACACACCACUUUGGUGGGCAGACCCUGAAGACAAAACUGCACAGGGAAUUUACGAUCAAUUUAUGCUUGGAGAUGAUAUUAUAGCAGCACCAGUAGUAGAAGAUUCUGCUAUCAAGCGAGAUAUUUACCUUCCAAAAGGUACAUGGCAAGAUGGAAAUACCAAUGUCAUAUAUACUGGCCCGAAAUGGAUAAUGGACUACUCUGCACCUCUAGAUAUAUUACCUUAUUUCAUAAAAAUAAAUUCAUAAAUAAUGCUUUAAACAAUACAUACUCUAUCUAAUUAGAUCAUUAUAUGUUUAAAUGUACAUAGGUAUAUAAA